AUGUCUUUCCAGGACCUCCCUGCAGAAAUCAUUUCCCUAGUUGUUCACCUCCUUGCUGACGUCCAUCCUCUCAGCGUUAUUCGUCUGCUCCGAGUCAACAAGCGAUGCUUCGCCUUGGCUCUGCCAGUAGCAAAACCACUUGCCUUUCAUACAGUCCGCUUGCCACUGUAUUACCCGCAACUCGAUAAACAGGUGGCAACGCUCUGCGCUAAACUGCAAGAGGCUAACGCCCUGAGUUAUGUCAGGCGUCUCAUCAUCGAGGGCCAUUUCUCGGAAGAUCAUUCUACAUCUGUCCCACCCCAAGUCCGGCGUUUCUCACCAUUAGAUCGCGAUCCGCGAGAUUCGUAUGAGUUUGGGGACAACGAUCUCGGCGGAACGGUAUGGCAUGUGUAUGUCCGUGAAACACAUGAGCACCAUGCAUGCUGGGACACUGUCGCGGGAUUCAUCAAGAGACUUCCUGCUUUAGAAGAUCUUCACCAUUUGCACCAUGAACAGUUUCCCCCUUGCCUGCUUCAGACAUUGCAUCAACACCUACCGAGAUGUAAACUGCAUUUGGGUCCAUUCGUGCUGCGGAGUAUAUAUGCUCCUAUGGCUGAGGACCACGAAUAUCGGCUAGUCACCUCGCCGUCUCUACACAGUAUCACUCCCUGCUAUGACACAACGACACCAGACGGUAUGUGGCAGAAGCAAAUCUUCUUGCGUAUCCUGAGCCUCGCCCCGAACUUGAAGGUGGUAUAUCCAAUGGACGACCAUUUCGGCUAUGAGGCGUCAGCUGUUGGAAUGAAUCAAAGACGGUCCAAAUUCACACAAGAGCCAGGCGACGGACGUCCAGCCGCAAUAGAAUGCCUCCGAAUCAGACACGCUUAUGUUCCCGCGCCUGCUGCUGCACUGGAGGAAUGGGCUACGUACAUAGAUUUCUCCGUUUUGCGGGUCCUUGAUCUGAGAUCAUUCAUCAAGGGAGAAGCAUUCGAAGCCUGGGCCGAUCAUCUUCAUUUCCCGGCCCUUCAAACGCUGCGCUUGCUCCUCGGUACUACAUCAAGUGAAGCGGAAAAUCUGUCUGACGUCUUCCUGCGAGCAACAAGAUUCCUUCAGAGUCUGCCGUCGCUAUCAUGCAUAUACCUGGAGGCAUGGCACUCACGGCUGUCAAUAGGGACGUUGGGAGGACAUCAAGGACCACGUUUGGUCAAGCUGUCUGUGGUUGGUUGGCCUUUCCAAUAUGUCAAUGAGCAUGAUAUCCUCCAGCUCGGCAGAUAUUGCCCUUUAUUGGAGAAGAUGAGUAUCCCAAUUCAUCGUACUCAAGGAGAUGCCCGGGAGGUGGCUCUCUACAAAGCCUUGGGCACAAUUAGGAACCUGAGGUUCCUGGACCUGGUAUUAGAUGUAUCUGACCCAACCUUGUACCAGGAGCAAACUUCCAUCGAUGCGGACUGGGAUGACAUUGACAAUCAGUACACCGAAGAAGAUCUCGAGGGCAUCAAUCGGAGCCGCAAUGGACACAUCCGGAGGCUUCUCGUCAAUACCCUUAUUGACGAACCACUUGCGUCUUCAAUCUUCAAGAUCAUUUCGGCCGCCAAGCCCCGAGAUGCACCACUCCUUGAACGGAUGACCUUAAUAAUACAGGGGCGGGCUCGCUCGCUCUACGUUCCGUAUUGCAAGUUCUCGAGGCUUGUGAGGUUUUUGGCCUCAGAGUGGACCAUCAAGCGCGAUAUCCGCUAUGAGCACUACUAG